CCGCCAGCCAAGUCAUGUUGGAGCCAACGCUGACGCCCGAUCUGGAGGAGGGCAUCGCCGGCCUCAGCCUAGACGUAGAUGUGGACGUGGACGUGGACUCGGUGCCCGAUCGCAAGCCGCACUUCCUCGACUACGAUGCAGUUGCGCCGCCGGACUACGAGGAGGCCAGCUUUGGGGCAGCCAGGAGUUCGGGGGAGCAGCUGAAGAUGGACAAGAAGUUCGAGCGCGACGGCGAGGUGAGCGACUACGAGCUGGCCGCCAGUGGCUAUACGAAGAAGGAGUUCACCCAGGACGACAAUACGCUGCACUUCACCCAGAGUGGAGGUGGAGCUGGUGGAGCCGUGGGCAAGAAGACCACGACGGCCAAGCAUUUCCUGGACGAGAAUCCCAUUCCGCCGGACUAUAUGCUGGCCCAGGAACUCCGCGAGAUGCGGGAGCAUCGCAGCCUGGACAGGAACUUCGAACGGCAGUCGGCGCAGCAGCAGCAGUUGGAUGAACUGCCGCCGAGGAAUGGCGGAGGAUCGCCGGCCAGUGCAGGUCGCCCGUCGCGCAGCAAGGAGCCUUCUUACACGCUCUCCAGGUUCUUAGAUGGAGAUUCACCUGCUCCGGUGCCCAGGUUGCCCAAGGGAGCCGCCUGGACGACCAGUUUCGAUGAGCGAUACUCCUCGUCGGCCGUGGAGGCCACUUUGGGCUCGAAGGUGGAGUGUGUCUACUCGCUGCUCUCCAUGCUGGGCUCCAAUGAUCCCCUGGAAAUGGCCAAAAAGUUCUUGGAGCUGUCGGCGAAUGCGCAAAGUUGCGCCACCCUCAGAAGAUCUGGCUGCAUGCCGCUCCUGGUGCAGAUGAUGCAUGCCCCUGACAAUGACCAAGAGGUGAGGAAGUGCGCCGGUCAGGCCCUGCACAAUGUGGUGCACAGUCAUCCGGAUGAGAAGUGCGGCAGGAGGGAAGCCAAGGUGUUAAGACUCCUGGACCAAAUCCUCGACUACUGCUCUUUUUUGAAGACUCUACUGCAGAGUGGCGGCGAGGCCAUAGCCGAUGAUUCGGAUCGUCAUCCACUGGCGGCCAUUUCAUCGCUAAUGAAGGUCAGCUUCGAUGAGGAGCACCGGCAUGCCAUGUGCGAACUGGGAGCCCUGCAUGCGAUACCCAAUCUGGUGCAUCUGGAUCAUGCAGUGCAUGGACCCAAGCCCGAGGAUCAGUGCUGCAAUUCGCUGAGAAGAUAUGCCCUAAUGGCCCUUACCAACUUAACCUUUGGGGAUGAGAACAACAAGGCGCUGCUCUGCGGACAGAAGCAGUUCAUGGAGGCCCUGGUGGCCCAGCUGGAUUCGGCUCCGGAUGAUUUGCUCCAGGUGACGGCCAGUGUGCUGCGCAAUCUCUCCUGGCGGGCGGAUAGCAAUAUGAAGGCGAUUCUCAAUGAGAUUGGCACUGUGACCGCUUUGGCCCUGGCGGCCAUGCGGAAUAGGAGUGAGAACACCCUGAAGGCCAUACUCUCCGCGCUGUGGAAUCUCUCGGCUCAUUGCAGCACCAAUAAAGCGGAAUUCUGUGCUGUGGAUGGAGCUCUAGCCUUUCUUGUGGGGAUGCUCAGCUACGAGGGACCUAGUAAAACCCUGAAAAUCAUCGAGAAUGCCGGUGGAAUACUAAGAAACGUCUCCAGUCACAUUGCCGUAUGUGAACCCUAUCGACAGAUCCUGCGGCAGCACAACUGCCUGGCCAUUCUGCUGCAGCAACUCAAGUCCGAAAGCCUCACCGUGGUCAGCAACUCGUGUGGAACGCUGUGGAAUCUAUCGGCCCGCUCGCCCGAGGAUCAGAAGUUCUUGUGGGACAAUGGAGCGGUGCCCAUGUUGCGUUCGUUGAUUCACUCCAAGCACGCCAUGAUCUCAGAGGGCAGCUCUUCGGCUCUCAAGAAUCUGCUGAACUUUCGACCGGCUGUCCAGAAUCAUCACCAACUGGAUCCCAUUGCCAGGUCGAUGGGUUUGAAGGCUCUGCCCACUUUGGAGGCACGCAAGGCGAAGGCUUUGCAGCAGGAAUUGGGUGAAAGGCAUACAUCGGAGACUUGCGACAAUUUGGACACAAGUGGGAAGUUAAGCAAGGCUUCCAGUAGACGACAUCCCGCUGCAGUGCCUCGUCUAACCCGCUCGGCCAUGCUAACCAAAAGUGAGAGUAGGGAUUCUGUAUACUCGGCCAAAUCGGAGUGCGCCUAUGAUCAUCUCAUCCGCUCCGCCUCCGCCUCGGAUGCCCAGCGCAAGGUGAAGCCCAAGAUGACGGACUUUGAGCUGGAAAUGGAACAGGAUGCGGAGCCCAUUGACUACUCGGCCAAGUACAGCGAGAGUGCCACGAAGACCUCCUCGUCGACAUAUCAGGAAACGGAUCUCGAUCAGCCCACGGACUUUAGUCUGCGCUAUGCGGAGAAUCAAUUGGAAUCCGCCAUAACACCUCCAACUGAAGCCGAGCCAGCGAAAUCCAACGAGGGGCAGGAGAUACUCCUCAUCCUAGACGACAGUGUCAAGUGCUAUCAGACCGAAGAUACCCCCUAUGUCAUAUCCAAUGCAGCUUCCGUCACGGAUUUAAGGGUCGCCGCCAAGGGAGAGGCGAAAGUAGAAGUCAGGGAGGUGGCUUCCAAGGAACCAGCUCCCAAAAAGCUACCCAAGCAGUGCGGAUCCGGUUCAUAUACCCCGGAAAAGCCCAUCAAUUAUUGCGAGGAGGGAACUCCUGGCUACUUUAGUCGCUACGAUUCGCUGAGCAGCCUGGAUGAGUCGGGCAAGGCCAAAUCCAAGGUGGAGAAACCAGAGGAACAGGAAUCCCAGCCAGCAGUGGAGCAGAUUCUGCAGGUCAAGCCUACAAACCAGGAGAAUUCAGCCUUGGAAACGCCUUUAAUGUUUUCGAGACGCAGCUCCAUGGAUUCUCUAGUCCACGAUCCCGAUGUGGAUGUGGUCAACUGCGAUGACAAGAGCUCGGUGGUCAGUGACUUUAGUCGCCUGGCCAGCGGGGUGAUAUCCCCCUCGGAGAUCCCCGAUUCGCCCACUCAAAGUAUGCCGCAAUCGCCUAGGAGAAAUAGUUCGGUUCAGCCCGCUGUAAUCCCCGCCAGCUUGCAGCCACUGCGCAGCGUCUUCGAGGAUGACCUGAGCAGCUUCAAUGUGGAGCAUACACCCGCUCACUUCUCCACGGCCACCAGUUUGAGUAACCUGAGCAUUGUGGACGAUGAAAAGGCACCGGCGAGUGAAGAUGAGCUCCUGCUGGCCAACUGCAUCAACAUGGGCAUGCAACGAAAGCCAGCUGGUGAGGUGGUGAAUCCCGAAGUGGACGAAGUGGCCGAGGAGACCAUUCGGAGCUACUGCACCGAGGAUACGCCGGCGCUGCUCUCCAAGGUGGCCAGCAACACCAAUCUGUCGGCCAUCUCCAUGAGCUCCAAUGAUCAUAAAGAAGUGGUCGAGGUGGCUGCUCAUCAGCUUUCAGAUGAUGUAUCCUCGAAUGCCUCGGAUUGCGGUGGAGCUGCGGGCAAUCUCCUGCAGCAGUGCAUCCGCGAUGGCAUGAAGAAACCUUUAACUGAAGGAGCUGCCGAUCCCAUAGCCAUGCUGCGACGUGGCGGAAACCAACUGACCGGCUAUCUGCCCUCCGCCGAUGAGGUGAACAAGUUCUUGGUGGAGGACAGUCCCUGCAACUUCUCUGUAGUCUCUGGCCUCUCAAAUUUAACUGUGGGUUCAAGUCUGGUGGGUCCAGCCGUGGAGCUCAAGGAAACCGCAGCAUCCAGUGUGCAACCGAAUCCUGGAUCGGAUGCAAAACCCGCCAGACAGGAGCAAAACCGAAGACCGCCGCAUUGGCAAGAUGAUUCGCUGAGUUCUCUAUCCAUUGACUCGGAGGAUGACACCAAUUUACUGAGUCAGGCUAUUGCCGCUGGUUGCAAUAGACCCAAAUCGAAUCUUGGCUUCAGCUCGAACGGCAAGCGCUCCAGCUCGCUGAGCUCCUCGCAGCCCAUAGCCAUCAAUGCGGCCACCUCGGCCAGUUCCCUGAACUCCUCGAUGACAGUGAGAAAGAGCCAACAGCAGCAGCAUCAGCAGCAGGAAUCCUACAGUUCCGUGGAUUCCAGCGACUCGAAUGACAACCAGUCAAAGUCGCUCUUUGAGCUGUGCAUCCUGAAGGGCAUGUACAAGUCCAAGGAGCCCGGCGCUAGAGCUCAGCAGCUGCAGGAGCAGCCCGCCGUGGGUGCAGCCUCCUCCUCCGCCAAUCUCAAGCAAUUCGACUCGUUGCCUGUGCAGCUGCCAAAGCCAAAGCGUCAUCAUCAUCAUCAUCAUCAUCACCAGCAUCAUCACAGAGAGCGAGAAAGAGAACGCAAGGACGAGAAGCUGCUGCAGGAGUGCAUCAAUACGGGCAUCUCGAACAAGAUCAGCGCCGUGCCAAAAAACGUCCUGGCUACGUCUGCGGCUGCAUUGGAACCGUGUCGCCCAAUGGCAGCUACUACAUCAGCAAGUGCCCCCAGCACAGCAGCAGCUCCAGACGUAGAGCAGAAACAGCAGCAGGAGCAGCUAUCCUACCCGAGCAGCCUCAUCCUUCCGAAUCCUCCUAUCGACGCCAUCGCCAUCGUCACCAUCGACACACCAAAAAGUCCAGCAGUUCUCGGUCCAGGGAACGCGAAUCGGAACGAUCUAGAGAUCGCUAUUGGGUCUAGACAACUGGACACGGAAGAUCGCUCCAGCGACGAAUCGAAUCAGUCGUUUAUUAUGGACACCAUGGUCAGGUUGGAUGGUGCUCCCCAAGAAACUUGCCUUUCAAGUGCCAGUGAGAAGCACAAGGAUCCCGAUUUGAUGCUUAAAUCGGUGGAGAGAUUAACCCUGGAGUUUGUCACCUCAGCGGAGCAGUUGCGCAGCAGCAACAGAAACACCAGCAGCAACAGCACCUGGAACGAGCACACCUGUCCCGAUGACGUGAGCUUCCCCAGCGUGAGUCAAACGGCUCCCAUUUUGGCCUCCCUCAGCCUGGAUGAAGAUGAUGCCACAGAGGCGAGACCCCUGCCUGAGCUGGCCGAGAUCACACCCACAAAUGAACAGCAGCCAGCAUCGCUGGAGGGUGAAACGGAUACCCUGGUUAAUGGACAAGCUGACAGCUACUCGGGAUCGGGAUCGGGAUCCUCGGGAUCGGGACUUAACUUCCAGUUGGGUGGUCAUGUCCAGAAUGCGGGCGUCCGUUUGGAGCCGCAGAGGCUGCUCUUCAAUGGCACCAGUGCCUCCAUGAUGACCAACUCGACCAUGAUUGCCUACGAGGCGCGUGCUCUGGCCGAGAAUCUCAUCCUGAAGCCCGCUGACCCAGAAGCCACCGAUGAGGACAACACCGAGCUGAGCUUCAGCAUGAACAGUUUGGAUCUGGACAAUGUGCGGCCGCCGUCGGGCAUGGAAUCGCUGAAUAGCUGCUACCAGGAGCACUCCCAGCCGAGUUCCCUGCGACAGCUGCCCAGCAAGAGUCCCAGAUUUGCGCGCAAAAUGUUCCCGGCCAAUUUGGUGGCUCGCCGGGCACUGGGUCACCUGGCGGGCAGUGCGGAGAGCGUGAACUCCAGCUGCAAUCUGCUGGACAACAUCAAGCCGCCGUCGCUAAUGGAUGAGCUACUAGACUCCAUGAUCAGUGUGGACAGCAUCCAGUCGGAGGUGGCCGACGGGGAUCAGGACUGCAGCAUGGCCACCACCAUUUCGGUGUCCAACUACGAGACGGCCGCCUGCGAUGAUCAAACGUUGACGGUGCUCCAAAGUUGCUUCGAUGACGACGAGGAAGAUGCCACAAUGAAUGACUACAGCUCGGCGGAAUCGACGCCCAAACAUGGUUCUACUCCAUCGCCCAAUCGUCGUUCGUUGACGCCAAAGCAAAAGCGUCGCCUGACCAAGGAUCGCUACAAGACCUACACCAUAGAAACCAGCACCAAAGGUGACUUGGAGUUGGAGGCCCUGGAGGCCAAUGAAACGCUGCAGAUAGAGAUUGUGGAGACACCAGUGGCCACCCCCUCACCGCGUGCCAAUGGAAGGAGAAGAGGCAGUGCCGAGCGCUACAAGACCCAGUUGAUUGAGUGUCCGCGGGAAUUGAUUCAACCAAAUCAAAGCGAUGUUUCCCCCAGUGCGAUGAUGCAGCAGUUUACCUACAUUACGAAUCAGGAGGAGACUGAGGAAUCCCCCGAGUGCGAUCAGAACUCGGAAACAGAGUCAUGCGAUGGCCAGGAACCGGCGCAACUGCCUCCUCCGCCGGCAUUAGUGGAGCUCAAAACUCUUGAACCUGCUACGGCUGUGAAAUUGGUGCGUGGUCGCAAGAAACCAGCCUAUGUUUCACCCUACAGCAUGCAGAGUCAACGGAAUAGCAGUGGAACAGCCUCUGCCAAAAAGAAAACCCUUUCUCCGACGAUUGCCAAACGGAGUUUGGUGCCUGGUGCCAAGAAGAAGCCAACGCCGCCAAAGGAAGUUGCUGCUCCCGCUGCUCCACCUCGCCUGGAGCGACAGGGAACCUUUGUCAAGGACGAGCCCACAAACGCCAAUGUUCAGGUGCCCGUGGUGGAGGGGAAAACCAGUCCCAGUCAUCGCGCCUCCAAAUUGCCCACAAAGAAGGCAGCUGGUUCCUCCGAUUCACCCAAGCGAACUAUCGUGGCUCCAGUGCGUCGAGCGACGCCCCAAAGGGCCAAUACCAGUCUGCGAUUGGCAGGGGCCAAGUCACCGGCUGCCUCGCGAGUGACCUCCACACGGGUGUCGUCCACCACGCCUCCAUCCCGCAGUAACUCCAAUCUAAAUGGAAGCAGUGCAGCCGCAGCGGCGGCGGCCAAGAUCAAUCAGGCCCAGAGCCGGAUAGCCAAUAUCUGGAAGCGAGUGGACGAGGCCAAGACCAGGCAAUCGUCGGCCAAUCUGAAGUCGCAGAAAACCAAAUCUUCCAAUACGCUCAACGGAAACGGAAAUGGAAAUGGAGCCAAGCCAACGCUGCUGCGCAGCUCGACUUUUGAUAAUAGCCCGAAUCCUGGAGCAGCAGUCAAGUCCAAGUUGCCAGUGGUGGGAUCGGGCCGGAAAUAAAUACCUUACAUAUUCACAAAAUUAGCCAGGUUUAAGGGAUUCUGUACGCAUUUUUUUAGGAACAGAACACGCACAGGUCCACAGCCACAAGUCAGAGUUGAAAAUCAAAGAGUUUUUAGGAUAGCAGGCAAUAUACAUAUUAUUAUCUACUAUGUAAUCAAUAUACUACUCUCCUCUUACUUUAUACCCCAUAAUGUAGUCCCUAAAACUUUGUAAGCAUAGAGUUAGCGCAAAAACUCCUAGUAACUUCAAACUAAUCCAAAAUCACAGUCAGUGAGGGAGCCAUCAGAGCUCCCGAUCGUGUGUAGCCAAAUGUAUUGCAUAUAUACACUAGAUCAGGCCUUUCAACAUGUGUACAACCUCUUCUAUAUAUACAAAAUGUAUACUGGCAUACAUAUAUAUAUAAUUGCUAUAUAUUCGAUUUGACACAUUGAUAUCCCAAAAUGGGUUAAUUAGGAAAGGUUUAUUUUGAUUUCACCUUUUCACUUAGUUAGGGAGUGUUUCUUGAGACUUAAAUCAAUUACAGCUGCAUAAUUGCACUUCUGUUUUACGCAACAGACCUCUAUUGGGAUUAAUUUCUAGGUUUUUAAUACGCCCUUGGCUUCCUUAUUAUGCAAACACCAAAUAUCUGAAGAGAGAUGGAAAUCACCUUUUGUAGUCACAGCUUUUUAAGUAUUCUUUUAUAUUAUUUAGCAACUUAAGGGUAAUCGAUGUAGCGAACAGCUUUUGUAUUAAGCCAAUCAUUUUCGACUUAGUUUUUACCGAUCCGAUGCGAUUAACAAUUUUUAAUAUUAAUAAAUCGAAAUAUGCUUUU